GCUUUAAGCACAGGGCGGAGCUUGAAUAUUUAACUUGUUCGUGUUGUCUGCAGUGAUAUCAUAACGCUGCAAUAUGAAGACAUCCUCAUGUGACCGACACCCAUCUCCAUCCCUGGGCAAGAUACAGGUGCCAUAACUGGGGCACAAAAAAAAAAAAAAAAAAAAAAACAGGCAUGGAGAAUAAGAAGAGGAAGGAUGCCAGCUGAGCCCCUCAUCCCUCUGCAUCUACCACUGCUGCCAACAUCACACUAAAAAAAAGAAAAAAGGAAAAAAAGAAAAGAAAAUGGCUCAGUCUGUGAGGAGGCCAGAGACCUUAGGAACCAUGAACCUCGAUGCCCAGAGAGACAAGCCCAGGACUAGCUACUUCUGCAAUGUGAAGACCAGGUUGGGAUCCAAGUUGCCCGCUGGUGUCUCCCAGCCUCCGCAGUUUGCGAAGCCCCCCUGGGAGACCCAACCUCAGGCCCGAAUCAUGCAGCAGGCUGCAGCCAGCAGCCAGCUUCAGAACAAGCCCAUCGUGAGCCGGCCUCUCAACCAUAUCCCCCACAUCAGAAACCCCAAGCUGCGGCAGUACUACCUGCAAGGGACUUCAUGGGAUCUAAGCAGUACUGUGGUGACGGAAGAGCACGUGGGUCAAUCAUCAGAUGGUCUCCCUGGGGACACGGUGUUCAGUGUUUCUUCUAAGUUCAAUAGUAACGGUGCAUCCUCAGUGGAAGAAAGUAAAAUGGAUCACCCACCCUUCCAUACCUCCACUCAACUCAACUUAUCUGCUGCCCCGAUACCCAGAGAGCAGCUGCUCCUAAAGGAAAAAAACACUUUCACCAGUGAUGGAUCAACUCAGCUAGAACCUCACUCAGACUCUGCUCUCAGAGAGAAGCAGGAGGCAGAUGCAGAUCAAGGCUGUUUUGAUACCCUUGCCCCUCAGCCUCAUUCCCCCUCACCAGAGGCAGAAUAUGACAAACUACUGGAUGUGGAGGCGGUGCCACUGCCUGACGGACAGCUGUGCUUAUUGGCUCUUCCACCAGAAUGCUGUGAGGGGGAGGGACCAGAGGCCAAGGCCUACCUCAAACUAUUCUGCCGCUAUAUCACUGACCGCAAGGGUGUGGUUUCAGGUAUCCUGUUGGUGACUUCUAAUAAAAUCUUCUUCGACCCGUGUAAGACACAUCCUCUGGUGAUGGAGCACGGCUGCGAGGAGUACCUGCUGUCGUGCUCCGUUGACAAUCUGGCAUCUAUCUCCUUCUUCUCUGACAUCUCACAUGUUCAUUUCAACACCUCCCAGCAGAGGAGAAAAGGAAAGAAUAUUUUUCAGAAACUGAAAAAUGUGAAAAACCGGGCAGGCGGCCUCUCAAACCGGAAGGAGGGGGAAUCUGUUCCAGCUCUGGCGUCCGCUGUUCCAUCGGAUUUGCCCAGCCUGGCUCUGAGUCUGACCAAAGAGGUUUCCGAGGAUGAGGAGUCAGAGAGUAGGGACAUGGCAGAGGCUGAACGGGAUCUGGAUAGCAGCCCUCUGGAGGUGCAAUCAGAGGAGUCUGUGGGCGGUCUGGCUGUCCUGAGCAGCGCUGCCACCUUCUGCUGUGGAGGUCAAGAGGCAACAACUAAAUUAAAGGCAGAACUUCUAGACUCAGAGAAAUGCUCUGUGAAGAGUCAGACUGCAGUUCCUCAGAGGCCAUCAGCAGGUAGUCAUGGGGGUAUAAUGUUCGUGCGGCUGCGGGUUCAGCCAUCUGCAGGAAAGAGGAAGGAUGCUGGAGGUCUCCAGCUGGGUCUAGCCAAAACCCUACCCAGAAGGGAUGCCUGGCUGGCCCUGUCACGGGAAAGCUCCGACGAAAUGCAUGCCUACCUGAAGCGCUGCCGGCCGGACUUGCGUAUACUUGAGGGAGACGAGGAGGGUGAGGCAGACUGUGAUGAAGAGGGGUUUGUUCUUAUUGAGGACAAGGAGGAGGAAGACGAAGAGAUGUUCCAGAGGCACCGAGGGUCAGUGGAUGACUGGGAGAUGGUGUUGAUGGAGGAGAGCAGGGACAAGCCAACCCUGGUCAUCGACAGGGACCCGGAGGGGCUCGGAAACAUCGUGGAGAUCAGCCGCAUUUUGGAGGCUUCGCAUGUCAAAGAGCUGUGUAAGGAGCUGCCCCCACGGACAGUCGGAAACACCUGGCAGCUGGCUUACAGCACAUCCCGACACGGCGCCAGCCUCAAAACUCUUUACAGAAAACUCGCUGCCACAGACUCUCCUGUGCUGAUGGUCAUAAAGGACGCACUUGAUGAAAUCUUUGGGGCCUUCCUCUCUCACCCUCUGAGACCCAGUGAGACGUUUUACGGUACAGGAGAAACUUUUCUCUUCAUGUUGCACCCUCGUUUCAAGUGUUUCAGAUGGACUGGAGAGAACUCCUUUUUUAUUAAAGGAGACUUGGACUGCUUUGCUGUUGGUGGAGGCAGCGGCCACUUUGGGCUGUGGGUGGAUGAGAACCUGUAUCUGGGCCGCAGCAGCCCCUGCUACACUUUCAACAACUGCUGCCUGGCAGAAACAGACGACUUCCGCGUGAUGGAGCUGGAGGUGUGGACGUUCAGCUGAGCAACCGAACGACCUCUUUCUUCGACUGACUUUUGUCGCCACUGAUCGGCUUUAAUCAAGACAGAAUUUAUCACUGAGCAAAAACAUGAAGCUGCCCCUUCAUUUACUGAUAACAUCCAUGUAGAAUAUCACAGACUGCUGUGGAUUUUAGCCAGCUGAAAACGCUGAUCUUGAGCGGCUCACUGUCCCAGGGUGGACUGUUUUUCCUCAUUCCUGUGGGUUUGGCUGCUGCUGUGGGUGGAGCUGAGCUGUUAAGAAACUGGAUUCUUUGAAUCCGCAUUUCUGACUGGAGUUGGUUUUAAGUCUCAGAGAAGGCACUUUGCUAUAAAUGUGAAUCUGCAAUCUUAAUACUUCUCAUUAUUAAUCAUGAAAGUACGAUGAUGCUCCCGGUUUAUUAAUGCAAUAGCACUUUGAUGUUCAUGCUAGAUUCAAAACUCAAGUCUUACUAGAAGAUGUCUGAUCUGCAUGUGUACAGCCAAGUCUAAGAAAUAUUGUCAUUUCUAUAACCACUAGUCAACAUUUCCAUGGGUUGUUCUCCACCAGUAUCACACACAUUCAUGCUUAACACUUCUGACACAAGCUUCUUUUCCCCAUUCAGUCAUACAUCACUGAGGUUUCUGAACAUGGGAAAAAAAAAAAAAGAUGUGAAUGUCCUCAUAUUCAUGCGGUUUUCUCAUAGCGGUGACUACCAAUCCUCUCAAAUACGAUGAUCCAUCUACUUUGCUUACGUUGUACAGUACUGUGGAUUCAUUAAAGUCAGCACAAUGUAAACUUAAGUACUGUUAUAGACUGUUGAUUAAAAAAAAAAAACAAUCCUGUUUUUGUAUUUAAAAAAAAUUUAUUUGGUGAGGAAAAAUGGCACUGAUAGAUCAAAGACAGUGUUGUUUCCCUCAAGGCUUUCAGCAGGAAGACAACUCAUGGACACGACAUUGUAUGACCUGGAAGGUAAAAACUUUAAAGCAACCAAUUUGUUUGACUUCUCUUCAUCCAUACAU